GAGACAGUCUAGAUGAAAAACACUGAUAAAGCGAGGUAGACCUGAGGCUAGAGACAAGCAAAAGACAGAUACCUGGUCUCAACACACAGCAUGUGAUUGUGGAUCAGCAUCUGAACAAUAGAAAAGCACAUGAGACGAGCGAAGAGUGGAUAUUCUCCUUCCUGACAGGACAGACAAACACCAACAGCAUAAGAAGAACCAAUGAGACCGGCCUCCAUCACACAUGCCCUUAUUCUCUUGCCAACCUGUCUUCCUUCAUCCUCCACCUGUCCACUCGGUGUCAUCCUGUGGAUCUGCUAGCAGACGGGCAUCACUGGCGUCAUGCCGGCGGCGUUGAAGUCAUCUCUGGAUGGGAGCAUGACAGAUUCAGGGGAGCUGGAGCAGGCGGCAACUCCCUGCUUCGGAAAAGUGCCCCGUGACCUGCUCCAAAACUUUCCUCACACUAAGCGUGUGGGCAGCUACCUGGUGGGCAAAAUGAUCAACAAGGGCUCGUUCGCCAAGGUUAUGCUGGGCAUGCACAUCAGUACGGGAGAGAAGGUGGCGAUCAAGGUGAUAGAUAAGAAGAAGGCUCGUCAGGAUUCGUACGUUUUAAAAAACAUGAAGCGCGAACCCCGGAUUCACCAGCUGAUACGCCACCCGAACAUUGUCUUGCUGCUGGAGACGUUGGAGACUGAGAACUGCUACUACAUGGCCAUGGAGCUGUGCGGAGGAGGAGACCUUAUGGAUCGAAUCUGUGAACGCAAACGGCUGGAGGAAAGAGAGGUCCGGAGGUACACCCGUCAGAUACUGUCUGCAGUCGAACACCUGCAUCGACACGGGAUAGUUCACAGGGACUUGAAGAUUGAGAACUUCCUACUGGAUGAGCACAGCAACAUCAAGAUAGUAGACUUUGGUCUGAGUAACACACUGAAGGCAGAUUCUCUUUCUCUGGAGCUACUUAACACUCAGUGUGGCAGUCCUGCUUACGCAGCUCCUGAAUUGCUGGCCCACAGGAAGUACGGCCCUAAAGUGGAUGUGUGGUCUGUGGGUGUGAGUAUGUUUGCCAUGUUGACUGGCACUCUACCAUUUACGGUGGAGCCCUUCAAUAUCAAGCAACUUCAUCAAAAAAUGGUGAAUGGAGAAAUCAGUCCGAUACCAUCGGACAUUAGCAAAGCGGCUGUACAGUUUGUCUUGUCUCUGCUCGAGCCAGAACCAGCAAAAAGGCCAACAAUAAAAGCAGCAAUGGAGGAUAAAUGGUUGAAUGAGGGUUAUGCCAAAAGACCCCUCCAUACACUCACUCAUAAAAACAGGCUGCGUCCUGAGGAACUGAAUACAGCUGUGUUAAACUACAUGACUGAAUCUCUAGGUUACGGUCUAUCUGAUAUCAUCCACACUGUCAUCAGUAACAAGCCGUCAACCAUUAUGGCUUGCUAUCAUCUACUGCUGAAAAAACUCACCAGGCAUCAGAAAGUAGUGAGGACCAUGAAGAGAGAAGAGAACAGUGAAUGGAAUCUUCUGAAUAAGGGCUUGUCGAGAGGAAGAAGCAAUGCAAGUGCACAGAGUCAGCAGCAGUCUCCUCAGAGUGACACAGCCAAUGAGAGGAGCUUAAGGCAGGCCAGUAAGACCCAGCAGAGCCAAUCACAGGAGAGAGAGGCCCAGAGUGGCACAAAAAGGGCAGCGGAGACCAUCAGACCAAAGCAGCCAAGCCUAGUGGACAGAGCAGAUUCUCCCUCCUCCCUGCCCGUGGAUGCAGCUAAUGAGAUUGCCAUACUGGUCGAGACACAUGAUGGCCUGAUUCCUAAGGUCUUAACUUUUGGUGAGAAGGAGAUGCUUUGUGUCUCACCGCCUAAGUGUUCCUGCAGAGAGGGGAGUGGCACCAAACUCUGUGACUCCGCCCCUUGUGAUGCCACUGUAACCAUAGACACCUCUAGAGACUCCCAGACAAUGAAAGCCUCAAUCAAACCACAUGAUCUGAGGCCAGUUUACUCUGACAAAUAUCAAGUGCUGGAAUAUGAACAUCAGCCUGAUGACAAGUUAGAGAAGUUGCAGACGUUCUAUUCCGAGAAAGGGGCUUCUCCCAGAACGGGACAGCGCUUUAAGGAUCUAUUACUGGCCAUUGAGGAGAAAACCUACAAUGCUCGCCACCUCAGCGCAAUGGAAACCACAACACAGACCUCCCCUUUACCUCGACUACGUCACACAGGAACGCUGAAGGAAGCCACUCCUAGAAAAGUCACUUGGGUUGGUCUUACGCGCCACGCAACGCCUGGCACAGGCUCCUCGCCUUUCUUAGUAAAUGGGUCCAAACCGCCAUUGUUUCCAUCUCAGAGACAACAAGCUCUCGUCAUUAAAAACCUGAGACAUGCAAAGGAGAAGAGAAACACAGGAACGGGAGGGGGAGGAGGGAUCGGUAUCCCCAGUAAUACUGCGAAAAGAAACUCUGUUCAGUUGCGAACGGCUAUACAGCGCAGAGUCACUGACCUCAACUUACCAAUGCUUCCGUCUGCUUUACAAAACAAAUCUGACAAAAAGACAGAAAUACUCAGAAUGGAUUUCGGGUAACGUUUAAGGAACUGAGGCCUUCCCAAAGGAAACAUGCUGGGUUCAUUACAAGUCAGGCUAAGUUGAAAGCAUUUAUGGCAUAAUGUUGCUUACCACAAAACAAAUCAUUUUGACCCCUCAUCUUCUUUAAGGCAAAAACCAAAGACAAAACCAUUGUUUUUUCAUGCACUGGCCAGUUUUGAUAUUUUGCCUGUUUUACAUCCAUAAUAUGUCAGACUAGUAGACAAAAAACAGCUAAACUACAAGUUUAAGUGCUUAUUUUACUACACUCUUUAUAUUUAUAGAUUUCAAAUACAAUACAAACAGCGCUGGGUAGUAAUUGAUUACAAGUAAUCUGGAUUACAUAAUCAGAUUCCAAAUAUUAAGUACUUGUAAUUAGGUUAAAUUAGAUUUAAAUAUUUGUAAUCAGACUACGAUUACUUUUUUAUUGAUUACAUGAUUAAAUUUCAUCUUUUUUAGUAAGUGUCUUAUUUUGAUUGGUGUUAUUUUAAAAUAACUUUACAUUUUUAUGAUUUAAUCAUUAGUUUUUCAUAAAACAAACCCCCCUGCAGUUCCUUCACGAACCCCAAUUUUGUAAACCUUGAUGUAAUGCACUUCAUGUUGUUAUUAAUUAGUGGUAUUUUUAUAUCAAUAUGGUACACGAUUGUCCUAUUUAAAUCAAUGUGAUAAAUGAGUUAGUUCAAAAGUAUAUUAAAAAAAAUAAUCAGUAAAUAACAAUCAGUAAUGGACUAAAAUUUUUAAGUAAUGUACCCUGCACUCAAUACUAAUCUUCAAAGGCUGUUUUCUCAAAAACAAAUUUUUUCCCCUGUCAGAUAUUCCUAUCUAUAUUCUAAAGCUUUUUACAGAUGAGUUUGUUAAUUUAGAAUCUGCCUGGUUUAUAUAAAAUUUUAAGAGAGAGAUCCAAAAUUCCCUCUGGGUCAUUCUGUGUCAAAUCAACCAGCUCAAUUUUGUAAUUUUAUUAAUAUACUUUAACAAAGUUACAGGCACACACAUUUUGAAAAAAAUGCAUGUUUAUGUUACUCAAACAGAUAUGUCCUAU